UAUAUACAUUUUGCAUUUACAAUGAAAAUUAAUUAAAACAUAAAACACAUUCGGAUUUCUGAAUAAAUGGCCGGGAAGCGCGUUUUAUUCAAAUUAUUUCCCACAGGAUUAAUAGUAGCCCACGUGGCAAAGCAAUACAGACUAAAGCUCAUGUCUUAUCUGAUGAAAAAAUUCAUCUUCAUAAAAUAGUAAGCUCGGGCUUUUGACUUGGCAGGAUCAAAGAGCUUGGUAGCUUCCUAUGAAGAGCCUACAGUGACCUUCCAAAAAUACAAGAAACUACAGGGUGAAAAAAAAACAAAACAUAAAGAAAUGACUUUACUGUGCCACGAGGUACCUGGGAGAUAUAGAGAGAAGUUCAUCUUAACGUCCUACCGCCCUCCAGGAAUAUCAGCAAGUCAGAGUAUAUUAAGUAUUUUUGAAUGGCACAACGAGACCUUAAAUAUCUGGACGCACCUUUUGGUCUCAGUUUUCUUUGCCAGAAGACUUUAUCAAUUAUCUAUCCUAUUUGCACAAGACGAGUACUAUUGGCCAUUAUUGUGUGUCGCUUUCGGUCUAUGCUGUUAUCCCCUGUUAAGCACGAUUGCACAUUUAUUCUCAUCAAUGAAUAUCGAAGUGCGACAUUUUGUAUUUUACAUGGAUUACUUAGGCAUUAGCAUUUACAGUUGUUCCAUAUCUAUGGGAUUCUUAGCUUAUACAGCACCGGAACACGUGCACACGUCUUCGAUCGUUUACAUAUACACAUAUACUUCUGUAGCCUUAAUUAUAAUGUCAUUUUUGGGGUGUUGUCUAAGCCGACAUUAUAGUGACCAAAACUGGGGAAGUAUAUUGCGCUUGUCAGCACUUUCCAUACCUUUCGUAUUUGUGUCCACAUUUAUGUUUUGGUGGUUGAUAUACAAUAAAUCUAGCCCUAUUGAUCAUCAUUACAUGCAUUUGAUAUGCAAUCCUGUUGUAGGGCUAAUAUUUGCUUUAAGACUACCAGAAAGAUUUGUACCAGUUUCUUUUGACUUAAUCGGACAAAGUCAUCAAUUGUUCCAUGUCGCAUCGUUUAUUACAUCUAAUUUCCAUUUCGAAGCAAUUCUCAAAGAUUGCCAAAUGAAGCAAGCAGAAAUGACAAGAAGAAAUGUUUCUCAUUUAACUAUACAAGCAUUUUCUAUGGUACUUCUGGCAGAUUUUAUCAUUUUGUACUACUUUAAAUCGAAGUUAUGGCCAGCGAUAAAAAAGAAUGUAAAAGAACGAUAGAAUAUAUUGCAAUCACUAAAAUGGUGCCCUGUAUUCACAUUAAUGUUACAUUUGAUUAUUGAAUCACUAAAUACUUAUAAAGAAUAUGUAUUAUUCGUUCAUACUUAUAGUUAAUAGUUAAAGUUCAUACUUAUAGUUAAUAGUUAAAGUUCAUACUUAUAUGAUACAUUCAUACAGAAAUUGCAUUGCAUUCUCGGUAAACAGAUGAACAAAUGAAUUUACGUGAACGAAUCUAGUGCAAAUUUUCAUAUUAUUUCAUUUAAAUUUACGGUAAGAUGUUAGAAUAAUGUAUGUCUAGUGAAAUAAAAGCUUACUGUCCCAUGGAUGGUCUUGA